AUGUAUUCCGACCACGUCAUAAUUAUUGCUAAUGUGACAUUCGGGGAUCAACGCGGGCGUGGGGAGAAUGUGCGAUCGGAUGUCCACGCAUUCGAGUCACGUGUCGGCACUCGUUGGCGGUUCGACCCCAACUCCGAGUCCAGAGCAAAUAGGGGCAGAGUUAUAACACAAGUAAUCUCGCAGAGCGUCGACUUAUCAGUCGGCGCGCGCGACGUUGCCGCUACGUUCCCCCACCAGCGAGCGAAAGGGACGGCCGUUGACGGCGCGAGGGAGAGCACGGGGAUCGCGACCGGGGCGAGGCAACAAGGUCCUACCAAGUCUUCGAAGCACCUAGUAAUUGAGAGCAACGACGCUCGCCGUAUCCCUCCAGUCCUCGGGAGCAAAUGCUUUCCUUCCGCCCGCACAAGGUUCUGGCGAGCCCACCUGUUCUGCAUUCUAUUAAGCUUCGACAGUCUCGGGACUGAAAGCGUUAACGUAAUAAUAGCGUUGCGGGCGCGGUCGCACGCGCCGCCGCGACAGAUGUGCGCGCUCGUGUCCGCUCGGGAACGCUCGUGUGUCGACCCGAGGGGUGAAUGGGGCCGAGGCGGUUUUUGCUACGCGCCCGACGACGCCCUGACUCCGAUCGCCUCAAACGGUCGAGAUAAUCGCGCGCGCCUCCCGCCGCCGUACACCUGCAUCAGAAACUGGCCGCGGGCGCACCUGCCGGCCGCGGCGCGCGCUCCCAGGGACCAACUUGUGAAUGAACCGAACAAGUCGAGACACUCUGGACCCCCGCUGAAAGCGCAAGUCCCUAUCGCGGAGGAGGAGCGAGAACAUAAAACAUCCGGCGGCAAGGACCAAAAUCUAGACGCCACCAAAACACGAUGUAACGCGGGCCUUCAAAGCGGCAUACGGUUCACGUCACCGGCAUACCAUCAGAGGUUGACGUGC